UGCAAACUCGUCUGGGAACACUGGAGACAAUGGAUCUGGCUAACAGAGAGAAACCCUUCCAGUAUCAUUCACUGUGGGUCAAACCUGUGAGUUUGUUUGUUUGAAUUGUUAUAUAACUCAUUUUUGAUUCACUAUCCUGAAUUAUAUGUUUUUAUUGUAAAGAAAGAAUGUUGUUUCUUGGUUUGCAUAUAUUUGAAUCAUGUUGGUUAAUUUGCUCUCACAUUAUUGAUGGACAUCAUGAUAUUGGUCAUGCUUGUAUUUGAUUUAAAUCACUUUGGUUAUUCCUUUGUCACCCUCUCCAGAGAAACCAGCUGAAUAUAAACUGAAUAGACACUCUGGACUACAACUCCCCUCCCAUGAGCUUAUUUGUCCUUACAGCCAAAGAAAUGAUCAUAAAUGUUUUUCCUUGAGCUGCGUCAACCCGCAGCAUUCUGUAAUGGACUGGCCUGGGGUCUACAAACAAGCGGCUGCUGGAAGAGAGGAGGUGAGUUGCGUUUAGUCUCUUUGCCAUAUAAAUUAGGCAAAGCUAAAAAGAUGUUUGGUGGCUAGUGCUGUGGCUAGGACCCAAUAUAUACUGCUGAUGAAGUUAGGUGCUGAGUAUUAUUUGUGGCGUUUUGGUUGAGGUUUGUUUAUGGCUGUGUAUUGCUAUCGUGCGGUCGUUUCUAAAGUUGGUAUAACUAGAGAAGCAAGCAGUUGGCAGCAUUCAUCUCUUGAGGGGGUGUCUAACUCGCUGUUAUGGUGUGUUUGAUCCUAAAUUAAUUUUACGACAAAAUAUCUCUUUAACCAGCAUAACCCUUAACAGUCAAUUAUCCUUCACAUUAAGUCAGAUACAACUUUAAUGAUCGCUUUGAAAAGGUUCCCUCAGGGAAAUUAAACACAUUACAAAUAUUAAUAACUUAUAAUCAUCUUGAAAAAUAUAAAGAACAUCAUUUCAUGUUUACAUUUGUUCAUUUCACACAAACAAGUUCAAAAAUCCAAGAGAAAACAGCGUUCAAAAAUAAAAUACAAUUAAGGUAACAAUAUAUCACAAUAUUGUAAUAUGUAUUUAUUGACAAAGUAGUCUGUUCUUACUCGGUUUUAUCGUCCUGAAAGGCUCCACUCCCUGCUGGUGUGUGGAAUCUGUUGCCUGGCAACUCACCCGCUGAAAGUUCUCCAAAUGUCGAUGUUGUUUCGCGAAAAAAAAAAAAAAAAAGAAACCGCCUCAGCUGUUGCCUAGCAACAACAAAGAGGCUAACAAACGGCCAAAGUAAUCCGCUGAUAGCGUCGAAAAUGAAGUCUGUAGCGUUUGAUGGGAGUGAUUCAGCGGGUGAAAUGGAGUGUAAACCAGCUGGAGGAUGUGCCAUCUUGUGCGGAAUGUGUCCUUCUUGCGUCUUUGCGGUAAAACCUCCCGGUUCCGUCCGCUGUCCGUGGAAAGUUUCUGAUAAAUUCAAGAGGAGGUUUAUUAUCGAGCUGCUGUUACGAUGCAGAAACACGAAAGUACUGGAGAGCAUUCAGAGAGUUCUGAGUGUUACUUCAUGGACUUUGUUCACCUACAACAGAGCCAAGAGCCCAACUUCACUCCAGCGCCACACCUGUCUCACUACAGGACAGGAUGGAGCACCAGCUGGCGUGAACAUGAAGGAGAUCUGGACCUGGUUUAACAGCAGUACCGAGUGGUUAAAAUUACGCUAUCUUUGCCGCCUUUUCUCAUUUUGUGACCUGGAGCUUCUUCUUACGGUCGCAAAUUUGACGAAUGUGCUCCUGGUCAGACAAAAAAGAGGAUUUCUGCAGUUUAACGGUAAGAAACGACAACAGAAAGCACAAUUUUAUUUCGAUAAGGAGUUUUACUUUGUGAGUUUUUCUGUAACAGGCUUUUAAACUGUGGAAUUAUUAGAAUUGAACAUCAUAAUCUUAAUAGUGUUGUUUCGUUCGCGAACGAUUCGUUCAAAAGAACCGAAUCCUUCAAGUGUACGUUCUGAACCGAAUCACUUCCUCGAAUGAUUGAACGAAUGAUCGAAUGGUGAACGAAUCUUUUGAACAAAUCUUUUGAACGAAUCUUUUCAGUGAACUGAUUCUAGUGAUUGAGUACAUCUAAAAGAACUGCCGUGCCCAUCACUAAAUUUUAAUGAAGGCUGUACAGUUUGGUUGCGCUGCAGUACCUACAUCUCACCACUAGUAGUCAGUAAAAACCACAAAACUCUUGCAGAAAUGAUAAACUUUCAGAUAAUUUUAAAGUUUAAUAAUGAAACAGGAUGAAUGACCACGUAGAGUAAGGUGAAUUACAUGUUUCUCUUUGUAGGGAGCAGUCACAAUAAAAUGGAGCAUCAUGUGGAUAGCGAUGAAGACUCAGAGGACCCUGCUCUGAUGGUGGUACCUGGAUCCUUCAGGUCUGUCUCUGGAGUCAGCCGGUACCGAGACUUUAUAGGCUGCCUACAUGUUGACCUGUCCAAGAGGAUAUUGGGUAAGUCAACAUAAAGACAGUGGUUCUGUUUCCUAAAAUUCACCACGUGUUGUGAAAAUCGCAUCAAACAAGUAUUUUAAAAUAUUUUUUUACAGAGUGUGUAAAGAGGGAAAAGGGUGUCCAGCAAUUGAAAGUAAUGGUUAUUAUUUCAGUAUUGUGAACCCUUGUGUGCAUUAAACUGUGUGUCUUAUAUCAGGUCUGUUGGAUGAACAGACUCUGAAACUUUGCCAGAAGGUUUGUCGUUACUGGGAGCACCUUGCUCAGGAAACAAUGAAGGAAAUCAAGUUUGCAAGAAAAUUUCAAGAUAAAGCGAAGGCCAUAAUGCAGGUUAAGCAUAAUUUUAACCUUAAAAUCUGUAUCUACUAUCAGUUGGAUGAAAGUAGAAAUAAUUUUCUUCUGAUUUGGUGUUUUUAUCUUGGGUAGAAGAGUGAAAGUAAUAAGAUUGUCAGCUCAACUUAUGCCAAAAUUGUGGAAGUCCCUGUUCCUGCCGAGGAUAAUGAGGAAUCUGGCAUUCAACCUCAUGUCCAAAAGGUAAAAAUUGAUAUCUUUAAAAUAUAGUGUUGAGCAUUUUGCUGCAGAAAUACAUUCUUUCACACAUAAAUUGUCUUUCGUUUGACAGCUUAAGCCAUUUGCAGCUGCUUAUGCCAAAAUCAGAACCAAAACGGUGCAAAUGGAAGAGCGAAAUGUGUACUGUGGUGCAUAUUAUACCACAACGCUGCUGAGCAAGUAAGCAGGUGUAACUUUCUUCAUGAUGCAUCUGUAGUCCUGGAUAUUAAGAAUAAAAACAUAUCUGGUGGUUGUAUUUGACAGAGAAGACCCCCAUCGGGUGGUGGACUACAAAGGAGGAUCUCUAAUGGCCAUGGGUGCAAAGGACAGUGCGGUGAAUCUGCUUUAUGUGGCGUCACAAACUGAAACCGUGUCGGUGCUGAAGGGCCACGUCGGGAGCAUCCGGAUGGUGUUAUUGUGCGAGGACAGAGACCUGCUGAUAACAGCGAGCUGUGACUCGAGUAUCAGGUGAGGAGGAGGUGGUGGACUGUUACCGACUCAGCAGUUUUGUCAGGUGAUGAUGUAACAUUUGGUCUCACCUGUAGGUGUUGGAGUUUGAAGACUGAUGCGUGUGUGAUGGCGCUGUACGGUCACACUAGAGUGGUAAACUGUCUGGAUGUUCAUGCUGAUAAACUGGUCUCAGGAGCCAAAGACUGUCUGGUUAAAGGUAGGAUUCUUACAGACAUUAUGAAUAUUCUUCAAAACACAAAUAUUUGGUUAUGAAAGACUGGCUUUAACAGUCACGUUUACUGACUGAUCAAGUGAAGUAUUCUCAGUAAAACCCUUCGCUAAUAAUGUCUCUUGUUGUACAUGUACCUGUUGUCAAUAACACAAAUACAUCAGCAACAAUAAACUAGACACGUGUAUUAAACCUGCUUUUAGAGCUUCACAUUAUAUGUGAUGGUAUAAAAAGGGAUAUUCCAGUGUGACGCAGCUCAAGGAAGAACAUUUAUGAUCAUUUCUUCAUGGAAAUGCAAUCAGACCGAGACGCUAAGGCAGAAUAACUACCGUGUCUGCAGUGCAAAAUGAUUGAUAUGAUGAUUAUUACUUGAAGGAAAUGAUAAAGAAAUGAUCAUAAAUGUUCUUCCUUGAGCUGCGUCACCCCGCUGUAGUCCAUAAUGGACUGGCCUGAGCUCUCGCUAAAACAAGCAGCUGCUGGAAGAGAGUAGGUGAGUUGUUUUAGUCUUUUUGUCAAAGAAAUUAGGCAAAGUUAAAGAGAUGUUUGGUGGCUAGUACUAUGGCUAGGACCCUAUAUGUACUGUUGAUGAAGUUAGGUGCUGUUCUGAGCAUUAUUUGUGGCUAUAGAGUGGCGUUUUGGUUGAGGUUUGUUUAUGGCUCCUCAGACCGCUGUGUAUUGCUAUCGUGUGGUCGUUACUCAAGUUGGUAUAACUAGAGAAGCAAGCGGUCGGCAACAUUCAUCUCUCGAGGGGUGUCAAACUCGGGGUUAUGGUGUGUUUGACCUUAAAUUGAUUUAUGACAGAAUAUCCCUUUUAAUUCAAACCUCACUCACUUUAAAUGCAAACUUUUUUGUUAUAGCCUGUCAAAGUUAAACAUAUUUGUCACCCUGUCAGUGUGGAGUCUGCAAACAGGGACGCACUUCGAGGAUUUAAAUUUCAAGCACCAGUGUUCUGUCCAGUGCGUGAAGAUCAACAAAACAUCUGUGUUCAGCAGCUGUUAUCAAGGGUUAAUCAAAAUAUGGGACAUAGAGAGUGCAGCACUGAUCAGGGUAAGAGUCUAAGAAAAAUCUGCUCUAUAACAAACAUUUCUUCACAUUUACCAAAUUUUUGUUGUUGUACUAUUUCAAGUCGUGUUUCCUAACUGCUCUUUUAAAGGUGAUCGAUGCUCACAAAGGUUCAGUGAAGUGUCUCUUUCUCGACGAGUGGCACCUUUUAUCUGGAGACUUUCACGGUCAGGUCAUGGCCUGGAGCAUCAGCUGUGAUGUUAAAGAGAGUCUCAUGACCUUCAAACACCCAAAGUAAGAAGAAAACCCACAGAGAUUAUAAAAACAGUGUCUUCAGUGUUAUUUUUAAUCUUUUUAGACACCUUGUCCUGCCUUGCCGCCCCUCUUUGACCUUUUAAAAAAUACUUACCAUGAUGUGAAAUAUGUUUCUUUUAAUAUUUGUGAUCUCCAAGGCAUUUUACCUGACUAAAUUGAAAUAUUGACUUGAAUAUUGUCUUUCCUGCAGGGAGGUUAAAUCUCUCGCUCUGACGUACCUCCGUGUUGUAACUGGCUGUGCAGAUGGAAAGAUUCGAGUGUUUAAUUUCCUCACUGGAGAUUGCCUGAGAGAAAUCAAGGCAGAGACUGAAAAAGGAAGCAUACUGUCCGUGCACUUCAAUGAAAACAGGUAAAAUCAGAAACACAUUUUUAUAUAAGUAUAAUUUUGUUGAAUUUCUCACUCAUUUUUCACUCUUUUUUUAGUAUUUUAGUGAAUGCAGCAUCUGGUGUGAAGCGCUACCAGUUUGCCAAAGUGUUCUGGGAUUACACAGAGACGACAGAGAGAAGUAGAGACGACGUAGUGACUCAGGAUCUCACAGAGAAAAAGGUGUUUUCACCCGGCUUGAAGAUGCAUGACAAUGACGACAAAAAACCAAGGAGAUCUGCGCUUCUUCGCCUCUCAUCUUCUCCGGCUACGGUCUCUUCAUCAGGUAAAGAGCGCUGUAAAAGGGCUGAGUCACUGCUGCUGAGCGAGAAGGCGACAAAUGAACGGAUACAAAAGAGGGGCCCUCACCAUCCUCCGACACGUGACUCUACCCUCCUAAGAGUCAGCGCCAUGCAGAGGGCGAGGUGCAAAGAUGAAGUCAGCGUCAACAUGGAGCAUAACGCCAGGCUAAGAGACUCCUGGGGUCCUCACAUAUCCGACACUCAGAUUAAUCUUACCGUGCAGAAACCUAAUACUGAUCACAGACGGCCUAAGACCUGUGUCCCCAUUUUAAAGAGAGCUGUCAGUCAAAGUGUAACAAACACAAUCCACGGCAGAGCGAAGUGUCACAGCGCUGCCACACACAGGAGAGGGAGUGGAUUCAUUACAAGAGCAGCAGAGAGACCACAGGCGCCUGAGCCGGCUCUCAGGAUGAGAUCGCAGCCCAGUCCAGAACACUCUGUGAAAACCAGAACCAGCUUACCCAGGAUCAGUCCUGUGGGUCCAGUCACAGAGCGGGGAGGAUUCAGGCUGAUCUCAGUGAGCCAGUUUGAGGACUGUGUCUGCGGCAAGAGGGAACUCGUACGCAGCCGUGAGCUAAACCGCUCCAAAACGCAGGAGAUAAUCCUCUGAGGAAAGAAAGUCAGAGGGUUUGAUUUAAAUUGGUGUUUUACUGAAAGUCCACUAGAGGUCAGUGUUGUAUAAAUGAUCUCUAUCUGGAAUAGGACCUAGAGUUAAUAUUAUGGAGAUUUUAUGGCUUUAGCUUUUUCCCUUUUGGUCUUUAAGAAACUAUCAUUGAGCAGUUUAAGGACGAUCUUUGGAAGUUACUUUCCUCUAAAGUUAAAUGCACUCUCUGUCUCCUUGCUCAUGUUGAGAAUAUAUUAAAAGUUAAAGUGAAAAGCA